UGUAUUAAUUUAACCAAAUUGGCAAAUCCCCAAAAUUGAAAGAAACACAGUCUCACCAGCUCACUGAGUGAUAACAAUAAAGGGGGUUUGAAUCGGAAUCGGAAUCGGAGGCAGAUUGGAGGUGCUAGCAUGAAGCGGCAGAAGAAGAGGAGAGACAUGGAGUCGAAGGAAGAAGAGGAGAGGAGAGAGAGGCAGAGAAUUGAGAGAGCAGAGAGAGCUGAAAAGAGAGAUCUUCUGAGGCAGCAGCAGCAGCAGCAGCAGAGAAACGUGAGAGCAAAAAGGAGGCAGAGAAUUGACUUUAUCAGCAGUCUACCUGACUGUCUCCUCAGCCACAUCCUCUCCUUUCUCCCAACCCGAGACGCCGUCCUCACAAGCAUUUUAUCGAGCAGGUGGAGGACUCUCUGGACACUCGUCCCAGUUCUUGACUUGGAACAGCACAAGCUUUACAUGUUGAACAGAAAUUUAAUCUUUCUAGAUACACUGUCAAGCAUCUGGACUCUUCGCAACGCCACCAUUCCCUUACGCAAGUUUCACCUCCAUUGGACCUCCGAUUGCGACUCAUCCUAUGUCGACACAUUGAUCCAACACACCGUUCUGCAUGGCCGCGUGCUCCAAGAGCUCCACCUCUGCAUAUAUGGUGAUCCUAAUCCACAUUUGAAGUUGCAUCCUGGUCUCUUCUUUUCUACAACAUUAGUGGUUCUCAAAUUGGAAGGUUUCAUUCAUCUGAAUCCUCCUUCUGAUUCCAGUUUCCCAGCUCUCCGGAUUAUGGAAAUUGGACGUGUAAUUACGUAUGAAAACUGCGACUCUCUCCCCACUCUCCUUGCUGCCUGCCCGCUCCUCCAAGAGUUGAACCUCACUGUGUCUGAUUCAAAUUUCUGUUGUUUGGAAGCAAAUACAGGCAUGCUCAAAAUCAUUGUCCUCAUACCUACGCUGAAAAAAUUAUAUUUAUAUUGGUUUCUCGAUGAUUGGUGCUACACAUUCCUCCACUAUUACAUACUCCAAUUAAACACCCCGGCUCUUGAGCAGUUUUAUUUCAGUGGUCUUUUGGCCAAGGACGUUGCGGUGGAAAACCUCCCCAACUUGGUUAAAUCAGGUCUUGAAUUUGAGGAGAUAGAAAAUGAUGUGAGUACUCGAGAUUAUGCAAAGAGGAUAUGGGAUUUCAUGGGAUCACUCUAUAACGUUGAAUCCAUGCAAUUCAGCAUAGAAACCGCUGAGAUCCUCUGUCAUGGUUCUAUCGAUGAUCUUCCCGUGUUUAAUAAUUUGACUUCCUUGACGAUUGGUGGUUGUAUUAAGACUUGUUCUUAUAUGUGGCCUGCAGUACAACUCUUGCUUUGUCAGGCUCCAAAGCUACAAACACUUGUCUUUGAAUUGACACUAAAUGUCUAUAAUGAUUCCUCACCUGACAAUUGCUUGGAAUAUCGCUUGGGGAAGUGGCUUUAUGUUCCUGAUUGUUUGUCAUCACAUCUUACCGCCUGUUAUUAUAAAGGAUUUUCAGGGCAUGAGGUUGAGAUGGAACUUGUUCGACAAGUCUUGAAGGAAGCAUGUAUAUUAAAGACAAUGAAAAUCACUUUUGAAAGUCCUCUAGACUCAGAGAUAAAGCUUUGUGCUCGCAAGAAAUUAAGAAAGCUUCAAAGGAGGUAUCCUACUUGUCAAUUUGAAUUUGACGAAGGACAAGUUGAUUUUUAAGUUCUCUUUCUUAAUAUGUGAGAAGCAAUAGCUUUAUGGGAAUGACCAUUGGUCUUUGCAUC